AUGUUUGGUCCAUUCAAGGCUACUAAUGCACUAUUCGGGGGUCUGCUUUGGAAAGUUCCUUGGAGGAUGUCUUCUCACCAGAAGCAAAGGGUUAGAGAUAGAUUGAGAGAUGUUGAUGGUGUGGUUAAACAGAUCAAUUUAGGUCUUCACGUUCAAAGGUGUGAAACCAAAGACAUUCAAUAUGAUGAAGCCAUUAAUGCCCGUAAGAUGUUCAAACCUAGAGUCAAAUCUCUGCGUCUUUUGAACAAACCGUCCGUUUUCCCCAGAGAAUCUCAAAUGUCAUCAAAGGAUAAAUACAGUGUGUUUGAUAAGAAAGCUCGUGGAUACAGAAAGGGCAUCCACAAAGUUCCAAAAUGGACUAAAUUGUCGUUGAGGACAAAUCCUCGUUUCUUCUGA